AUGAUAACUAUGAUUCGAAUGAUCUUAAUAUUUUUUUUAAUAUUUUCAAUUGAAAUAAAUGGAAUGCGUCGUUGUAUUAAUACAGGUGUUUUUUUUUUGGAUACUAUUGCACGUUCACCAAUUGUUGUUUAUGGUAAAUCAUUAGGAAAACGAAUUAAUGUUGAAACUGAUACAGAAAUUUUAUUUAAUAUAACAUUUCGUGUCGAUUGUAUAUUUAAAGGACAGAAUAUUGAAAAUCGAAUUGAAAUAAUUGAAACAGGAAUAAAAGAAGGUCGUAUUGCUUGUCAACGACUUGAUCCAGGAAAAUUUUAUGUUGUUUUUCUUGAAAAAUGUGCAACAAAUAUGAAUAUUUAUUGUUCACUUGAUUUUCAAGAACGUUUAGUUGGUGAUUUAACACUUGAAUUAUUAGAAAGAACAUGUCAUUUAAAACGUAUUCCACCAUUAAAUUCAUCUUCAAAUAAAUGUCCAAAUGUAUCAAUUGCUAAAUAUUGUCCAAAUGAUGAUAUUAAUUUAAAAAUAAAGCCAAAAGGAAUAUUUUAUGAUUUUAUAAAUACAAAUAUGAAAUCAUUAUUUAAUAAUGAUAAUCAAUUUCAUCGUCAAUCAAAUAUAACUAUAGUUAAAGAUCAAUCAUUAAUUAAUCAAUAUGAAGAUAAUCCACGUAGUUAUGCUUGUUUAUCAACAUUAAAUUCUGUAUGGAUUAUUAGUCUUGUUCUUAAUACAUUAAUGUUUAUCUAA